UGAUAAUUGUUCCCAAAGGAAGCAUAAGGUGAAUAAAACGGACAUUGAAAAUGUUCAAAUAAAUAAACAUGUAGAGUUACACAACAGAUCAGUGAUCCUGUCCCAAGGAUCUUCGAGAGGAAGUUGAGAGGUCAGUCUGGAGUUAGCCAACACGUCUGGAUCCAUGACAGGUACUUUGAAGAGGUCAUAAAAAUGGAUGAAGUAUAUAAAACUAGGUGACCGGUGACAUUCUGCUUCUCUAUCAGAGCUCUGUCCCGUCAAUCAUUUACCGUUCCACAAUGUGACAGGAAGCCGGUCCGGUUAUCGGUCCACAGUGAGGAAGAAGAGGCUCCGGAGGGUUCAGUCUGUCUGCAGUCUGCUGGCUGGAGGAGGCUCAGCGAACAGCGCUCAGGAAACCAACCAGGUGACACCCAUCAGAGGAGCUGCAGGUGCUCUUCUACCCGGUAACAGGCGGCAGGCUCCUCUGGCUGGAUAUGACGUGUGAUCCUGAAGCCUCCACCGCCAGGUGAGCCCUCCUGCAGCAGGUCUCUGGGUGCGGCCCCGUGUGGGAGGGGUCCCCUGACGCCGCGCCAUGCCCUCCCCGGCUCACGCCGUCCAUGCCCAGCUCGGGGCCAUGUGGCUGGGCUGCGUGGGCUGGGCGCUGACGGCGGUGGCUCUGGGGCUGGUGCAGUGGAGGGUGUGGCUGGUGUCCGACAGGGAGGCCAUCAGCUCGGGGGUGGCGUGGGUGGGCCUCUGGCGGGCCUGCUUCUACAGCCACACCCACGUGACCCCCGGCCUCCUGGUCAUGCACUGUGAGUCCAUGGGCCUGACGGAGGCCUUCACGCCGCCGGAGGUGGCGGCGGGGCAGGUCCUCAUGCUCGUGUCUCUGCUGGCGGGAAUCGGUGGGAACGCCGCCGCCGUCUACGCCUUGAGGAACGCGUUCUUCGGGAUGGGGAGGGGCUCCCCGAUCCGCUCGGCCUUCGUCGCCGCCGGCGUUCUGUGUCUGCUGGCCGGCGCGGCGUCGCUCGCGCCUCUCCUGUGGAAUCUGAGCUCGGUGGCGACCAAUCAGACCGUCAAGUUCCCCCCCCGGUUCAAGAUGCCCCCGGCUCCGGAUUCUCAGCACAUGGGGUGGGGCAUCUUCGUGGGGCUGGUGGGGACGGUCCUCAUGGUCGUCUCCGGGGUCGUUUUCUGUACCUACAGGUCACCGAAGAGGUCACGGCACCUGGACUCUGCCCUCUCAGGGGGGGCCGGGGGGGAGGACAACCUGGCGUUUGAGUCUCAGGAUCACCUGUGAUCUGAUUGGACGAUACACACGACUCAUGAACUCUGAGGACUUUAAAAAAAGCUUCAUUUGCCAAAUGAGAUUAAACUGAAGACGAUGUUUGAAUGAGA